GUAAUGGCGUAGAGCCACUCACAGGAAAAGUGUGCUUAGCCAAAUAUUGAAACUGAAACUGAAUAUAUUGCAGUUUAGCAGUGCAGCUACAAAGAACAGGCCGUAGCUGGAAAGCACCCAUCGUGUAGAGAUUUUCCUUAAUACCAACAUUAUCCCCUCCACUUUUCAGGAAAUUUUCGCCUAACCCUUUAUUCUAAUUUCACGCUUCAGUCGUGAAAACAAACAUGGACAAAAUUGCUAUAAUAUUUCGUACAAUACGUAAUCACGGUGGAAUAUGGAAUUCCUUGAAAACAUUAUACAGGGUGGAUGAAUUGAAGAGUGGUACUUUGAUUGGAGAAGAUAAAUAUGGGAAUCGAUACUAUGAGGAUAACAGACACUUUAUGGGUCGUAACAGAUGGGUUAUAUAUGCUGAUAGAGUUGGGAUGAAUUAUGAUGGUUCUCAAGUCCCACCAGAAUGGUUCGGCUGGCUGCACUAUAAAACAGAUUUGCCACCAUAUAAAGAUCCGUCUCGGCCAAAAUAUAAAUGGAUGAUGGAUCAUCAGCAGAAUAUGAGUGGCACAAAUCAAGCAUAUAUGCCCUACAGCACUACAAGACCAAAAAUUGAGUCUUGGCGUCCACCACAAUAAUAGUCUUUGUCCAAAUGGUAGUGCAACAUACAAAAUAAAAUGGUUUGUUUGUAAUUGUAACAAAAUAUUAUUCAAUGUAAAUAAUAUAAUGAUAUCAAUGUAAAGAAAUUACAUCUAUUUAAGAACACAAACA